AUGUGCUCCGUUUCCUUUGAAGACAAGCAAAACACUGCCUCGUUCGUCGCAAGUUACCCGCUGGUGCAAGGUGCACGCAUAACUGACACAGAUCUCGGCGUUUUGUCCACGAAACAACAAGCAGAUCUCGGAGAAAACGAGUCUCGCAGCAUUGCUGGCUGCGGAGUCAGUUACUUUGAGGUGCUGUUGCGAGCCAAUGGGAAGUUUGGUGGGCACAUCCCCGUUUAG